CAAGCAAGUUGUAUACUCUAAAACAGUUUGGUGAGUUGCUAAUACUUAAAUCUUUAAGUUGGAGUUCAAUACAAGGGACAGGAGUUCUGCAAACUCUUAUUUCUUUGUUGCGAAAGGCGGGAAAGCCAACUUUCCGAGUUGGCACUUGGCACUUGAAGUCUCAUUGUGGCUGUGCUGCCUCGAGCUGGAGUCCACACAGGCUCUCAACAACCAUCAUCCACUAGUGGCAUACACAGUGGGAGGGAAGGUGCUGGUGACUCCAAAAGUGUGCCUCCUCCAUUGAAGUGACACAGAAUGGCUGGAUUAGUACUGCUGGUGAAAAUCUCCCCAAGAAUGUCCCGUAAAGUGACACUUCCUGAAGUACCUGGUUCGGUUGAGCAGUUGCAAAACAUUCUUCAGGAAAAUCUUCAACUUCAAGGCAGUUUUACACUACAAUAUGAGGACCCAGGCUUUAAUAAUGCUCUCUGUAAUUUGAUUGACAUCCAUGAGUUGCCACCUGAGCGUGCUAUCUUGCACAUUCUUUGGGAUGAGUCUGCAGUUGUUCUGCAAGAGUCAGACUCUUUUGAUUCAGGGUCUUCCCUGGAUACAGCCAGUUUAUCCAGCAGAGAGUCACACCAGAGUCCCUCAGCUUUUAUUAAGAACUAUCUGCGAAAUGUCUCAGAAUGGCCUUCACCUUUUCCGAUCCCACCCUUCUCCUAUGAUGUGGAGCUUAAGCUGCGUAAAGGCAAUGAAGCAUAUGGAGAGACCAAGAAAGGUAUCAGCUUAACAAGAGACAUGAAGACAGAUAUUUUGGACAAGAUUGCUCAGGCAGUCUUUGAAGUGAAAGCCUAUCCUGAUCAAGACCAGAUUGAGUCAGUUGCUUCUGCUCUCAUCAAUAGACACCCCUGCCUUCGGGAACCAGGCAGUGAAACGGGGUAUGAAGGAUGGAAAAUGAGCAUAAAAUACAAACUUGGCAAUUACAGGUCCAAGCUGCGUCAGGCAGGCUGUAUCGAGGUGAGCAUUAACAAGAAAAAGAGGAGCAGUGAAGAUGAUGGUGCCGGUUCUUCUCUGAAGAGAGCAAAGCGAGGCGAGAUUAACCACGUCCCUGACCAUCCAGAAAACCAUAAUGAUGAUUCACUGGAGGAUGAAAGACUGGCUCUGGUUGAAGAGUUUAAGAAGAAGAGCAAGAAUGUUGCACUCAUCAGGCAAAAGAUGGAGUUGACUUUCUCUUUGAGACGCAAGGAGAUCGUGGAGCUGCAGCCUAUGGUGUCAGAGGUUCUGGUGCGGUGGCCUGCUCUGUUUUGUGAGGCAGAGAUAAGGGAGGAGUUUUAUCGCAUCACAAACAAGAACCUAAUGGACAACUUCAGAGCUGCCCUUCAUCAGCACACUUGCAGGCUCCUGAGACUCUAUCGGGGGAGGAGGACAGCUUUUUCAUCUGAGAUGGAUCAGCUCCUUAACAGCCUGGAUCAAGAGACAUCUGACAUCACUGCACUUCGACAAACUGCAGCAUUGAAGGGCCUUCCCUUGUAUCUCCGUGACAGUCAGGAGAAGCUCUUCAGGAACUGUUUUGACACUGACCCAGAAGAGGAGCAGACGAAGGGCCUCACUGUGGGUGUCCUCACUGUGUUGGAGGAUGAUGACAGCGCAGCUCCUCAAAGUGUGGUGAAUGUUGCUGUUGUUGUGGAAGAAGAGAUUGUCCUUCAAGAUCUCCCUGACCUGCCGACUGCUUUUGGUUACCUCUUUGGACUGAUCUAUGCGUUGAACCUUAAGUACCCAAAAGAUCUCAGGUACACAUUUGAAACUAUUCAGAAGGUUUUCAUGGAACUUGGUACAGAUCUCUCUGCAAGGGUAAGAUCCCUCAAAAACAAACUCCUUGAGUGAAUCUGCACGCUAACUGAUACUGUUGGGUAUGGAAUUGUUGAUCUCUGAAAGGUUCCUUCUGUCCAGCCAACCCAUGUUAAUUUUGUCUUCCUGUUUCUCACACACAACUCUGAUGUACCUCAAACUCCCACUGUCUUACAUUUAUUUUGUACUUUAUUGGGUUUUCCUUAAACAUCUUAAAUGUUGAGGUUCAGUGUUUGUAAAACAGCACAUAGUAUUGAGCAGUGUUAUAAAAGCUUGUGCUACACAUUGUUGCACAAGUUGACUGGGACAAUUGGGUCUCAUUAGUUUGCAUUUACUUGGCCCUGUUGGAAGGGCUUUGAUCCUGGUACAGUUCAAAUAAAACAAAAGUUUUGAAUGUA